GGCCCGGCCCGCUGCGCGCGAGGAGACCGGCGGGCCAUGGCAGGCGCCCCUCUCUGGUUCUCGCUGCUGCUGGCGGCAGCGUUCGCCGGGCGGGCGACGGCCCUGUGGCCGUGGCCCCAGUACAUCCAAAGCUCCGAGCAGCGCUACACCAUCUUCCCGCACAGCUUCCAAUUCCAGUACCACGCCAGUUCGGCCGCGCAGGUGGGCUGCUCCGUCCUCGACGAGGCCUUCCAGCGCUACCGUGAUCUGCUCUUCGGUGCCGUGUCCUUCCACUUUCCCCACCCCGUGGAAAAACGGCACGCAUCACAGGACUCGUUGGUUAUCCUUGUUGUCUCUCCCGGAUGUGACCAAUUCCCUUCUUUGGAGUCUGUGGAGAAUUACACCCUGACCGUAAACGAUGAGCAGUGUUUCCUCCUCUCAGAGACUGUCUGGGGCGCCCUCCGAGGUCUAGAGACUUUUAGCCAGCUUGUGUGGAGAUCUCCUGAGGGCACGUUCUAUAUCAACAAGACGGAGAUUGAGGACUUCCCCCGCUUCCCUCACCGGGGCUUGUUGUUGGAUACGUCUCGCCAUUACCUGCCACUGGCUAGCAUCCUGGACACUCUGGAUGUCAUGGCGUACAAUAAGUUCAACGUGUUCCACUGGCAUCUGGUCGAUGACUCUUCCUUCCCAUAUGAGAGCUUCACUUUUCCAGACCUCACCAAAAAGGGGUCCUACAACCCUGCUACCCACAUCUACACAGCACAGGAUGUGAAGGAGGUGAUUGAAUAUGCCCGGCUUCGGGGUAUCCGUGUGUUGGCAGAGUUUGACACUCCUGGCCACACUCAGUCCUGGGGACCAGGUAUCCCUGGAUUAUUAACUCCUUGCUACUCUGGGUCUCACCCCUCUGGCACUUUUGGGCCAGUGAAUCCCGUUCUCAACAAUACCUACGAGUUCAUGAGCACAUUUUUCUUGGAGAUCAGCUCUGUCUUCCCAGAUUUUUAUCUUCACCUUGGAGGAGAUGAGGUUGAUUUCACCUGUUGGAAGUCCAACCCAGAUAUCCAGGCCUUUAUGAAGAAGAAAGGCUUUGGUGAGGAAUUCAAGAAGCUGGAGUCUUUCUACAUCCAGACGCUGCUGGACAUCGUCUCUGCCUAUGGCAAGGGCUACGUGGUGUGGCAGGAGGUGUUUGAUAAUAAAGUAAAGGUUCGGGCAGACACCAUCAUCCAGGUGUGGCGAGAAGAGAUCCCUGUAAAGUACAUGAAGGAGAUGGAACUGGUCACCAGUGCUGGCUUCCGGGCCCUGCUCUCUGCUCCCUGGUACCUGAACCACAUAAGUUAUGGCCCUGACUGGAAGCAGAUCUACACAGUGGAGCCCCUGGCAUUUGAAGGAAGCCCUGAGCAGAAGGCUCUGGUGAUCGGGGGAGAGGCCUGUAUGUGGGGAGAGUAUGUGGACAGCACAAACCUGGUCCCCAGGCUGUGGCCUAGAGCAGGGGCUGUUGCAGAGAGGCUGUGGAGCAACAAGAUGGUAACCGACCUGGAGUUUGCCUAUAAACGUUUGGCACACUUCCGCUGUGAGCUGCUGAGGCGGGGUGUCCAGGCCCAGCCCCUCAGCGUAGGCUACUGUGACGUGGAGUUUGAACAAACCUGAGCAAGUACCCCCAAGGCACCGAGGAGGGUGCUGGCCCUAGGCGAGCGGUAGCGAAGACAGGCUUCUGUUGCACCCCGCUGGGGGGAACGGAGCCCCUUGCCCCCAUGCCCGUGUGCCUGGAGACAAGGGGGCUGGUGUUGACGCUGGCAUCCAAUAAAGAGUGAUGUGG